GACUUGUCAAAUGCGGUAGUGUAAAUUUCGACAGCCCCUGAACGCACUACACCGUAAGUAAAAGCUUGUGAAACAGUGGGCGGUGGUACUGGAUACUGGGGAUGGGCCGUUGAAUGAACACAAGAAGCCGCCAACUGUUGGAGAUAGAGGGGAGAGCCAGUGAGGAUGACGAUGCCGCAUGUAGGGGCUGUGUUUGCAGCCAUAGCAGGAGUGAUGGCCAUCCUGUUGCACUCCUCCAUUCACAAAAUAGAGGAAGGACACCUUGCUGUUUACUACAGGGGUGGGGCUUUGCUGACAGGCCCUAAUGGUCCAGGAUAUCAUAUUAUGCUGCCUUUCAUUACCACCUACAGAUCAGUGCAGACUACACUCCAGACUGAUGAGAUCAAGAAUGUACCUUGUGGAACAAGUGGUGGGGUGAUGAUCUAUUUUGACCGAAUAGAGGUUGUCAACAUGCUGGUCCCCUCAGCAGUGGUGGAUAUAGUGAGGAACUAUACGGCCGACUAUGACAAAACUCUCAUUUUCAACAAGAUUCACCACGAACUUAACCAGUUUUGCAGUGUGCACACUCUGCAGGAGGUCUACAUAGAGCUGUUUGACAUAAUUGAUGAAAACCUGAAGACUGCACUGCAGAAAGAUCUUAAUGUCAUGGCCCCUGGACUUACAAUACAGGCUGUCCGUGUUACCAAGCCAAAGAUCCCAGAGGCUAUCAGGCGGAAUUUUGAACUUAUGGAAGCAGAGAAGACCCGUCUGUUAAUUACCGCUCAGACUCAGAAGGUGGUGGAAAAGGAGGCAGAGACUGAGCGGAAGAAAGCCAUUAUUGAGGCUCAAAAGGUGGCUCAGGUUGCCGAGAUCCAGUAUCAGCAGAAAGUGAUGGAGAAAGAGACGGAGAAGAAGAUCUCCGAAAUAGAGGAUGCUGCAUUCCUGGCGAGAGAGAAAGCAAAGGCGGAUGCGGAGUAUUACACUGCUGCCAAAUUUGCUGAAGCAAAUCAGCUGAAAUUAACCCCGGAGUAUCUUGAGCUGAUGAAGUAUCAAGCCAUAGCAGCUAACAGUAAGAUCUACUUCGGCCAGGACAUCCCAAAUAUGUUUGUGGAGGCAAGCAUCAGUCCACCCAAAGUGGAAAACAAGCCAUCAGAUGCAGACUUUCUGAAACCUUAAGUUGCAGUGGCGGCAGCAGUGAGAUGUACAGGUGUUCAACUGGAGAUGACUGGUGGGAUUGAAUAAGUCUUAACUUGCAAAGAAAGAUUUUUCCAUGCUCAUUAACGCAAGUGAUGUUUUGGAAGACAAAGAAAGGGAAUGUUCUAUUUUUUUUUUUUUUCUAUACAUUUCCAGUCAUUGAGGAAGGGAACAGUUUAUUUUCAAAAGAAAUAAUCAGUUGUAGAAAAUGAAAAGCUUACUAAAAAGCUUUUGCCUGCAAAGUGACAGCAAGGAGUCGCCCGAAUUUACACGUUCUUGAAUCAGUUUAACGUUGCUUUUGGAUUUGUGCUAACCUCGUGGUAUGCAAGAUGACGAUGUGUUUACUUGGGAGGCGAAUGCGUUUAUCUGGACUGGAAUGCAGCGAGUGACACUAAUUAUAAGCAUGGGGGAGGGAUAUGUUCGUGUUUGUCUCACACACAUCUGUACAUGCUGUUCAAUCAUCACACGCUUCUGGUGGAUGAUUUCAAACCAUUUGUCCAUUUAUGUUUGUGCUCAGUGGCUUGUAACUUGUUUUUGUUUGUGGGUCAAACACGAUACAUUGCACUGUUGUGUUCUCCUCCAAAGAAAUGAAUAUGUUAUGCUGCUAAAAGAAAGCAGACUUCCUCCUAAUGCUAAUGCUAAUUUCAAGUUGACUUCGUAUUUGACUGUCCACUGGAAGAGGUUGUGACUUCCUGUUCUUAUUGGUCUGCUGGAUUGAGUUUUCGGGGCCAUGCAUGUGAGCGUUUACUGUGGCCUGAUUCUGGUGAUAAAAGUAGUGCCUGCAAUUGUCUGCCAACUUUUAGAGCUUACUCACACACGGUGGUUAACUAUUCAUUCUCAGGAACUUAUCUGAAGAGCGGCUGUCUUAAAAAAAAAAAAAAAAAAAAGUCUGAGGACUUUGAAAGUUUGCUUAAUGUUCUUCCUGCUGUUUAUACUGGAUCAUAAUGCCAUCAUUAGGACAGCUUUUGCUUUUUAGGUUACAUCCAAUAGUUGUGGCCAGGUUUACACCAGUCUGAGGACAAUACACGGUUACACACUUGUGGAUAAACUGCACACAGAGGCCUGCUAAGUUUCUCAGCCAAACAAAUGAAAGCUUGUAUUAUCUUCUCAUUUGUGGAUGCAGUUGUAUAUAAACAUAACUUGCAAGCGAGGGCUACUAUUACUUCUUUCCCUCUCAGUGUUGUUGAAAAGGAAAACGGGGGAAUGAAUGAUUCAGUUUAAAAAAUGAGCAAGCCAGGUUUGUCACGCUGUCCUGCCUUACCGUAGGCUGGAGUUGAGAGAAAGACACUACUUGUGCUAAAGAGACAGGUCCUGAUGUUUGUGACCUCCGAAUGGCCGCACUCUUCCUCUGCUGCUUGCUGGCAGCAGGUUCAAUUAACGAUGCAAAUGAGGGGUUUAAAUCACUCAAGAACAUGAGUUCUUUUUGUUGUUUUGUACAAAAAAAUCUGAAAUUGUCUCCUUGUUUUAAAAGGUUAAUAUGCAAAAUGUUUUGACAAUGUUCUUAAAUAAAGCCUAUUUUGGUACCUGU